AUGGACAUUGAUCAACUUGUCAAACAGGUUCUAGUCGUGGACGAUUCAAAGGAUCCCGCUGACAUUCGUAAAGAUCUUGAAUAUACACAAAAUGUAGAAGCAACAUUAAAUAGAAUAUUUGACGGAGAAUUUCUCAAAGGCAUAAAGGAUGAUAAACCAAAUGAUACCCUGAUUAUUCUUGAUUCCGAUGAAGAAGAUACGGACUUGGCUGAAUCGCGAAAUAAUGCUACUGUCAAGGACGUCAAUGCUGAUGUAUUUGACAUCAAUACUGUUUUUUCUGAUUCUAUUGUGAAGCCACUGAAUAAGCCCAGCAAACGGAAGUUCAUAGACCCAUUUGAUGAUUUUGAAGAUAUACCCGUUCCUAGCAGUUCCAAGAAAAAGCCAGCACGAACGUCUGACAGUACUAGUUCGUUCUUGAAGAAAGCAGGACAAAGUAGCAAGGGACCGUUUGAUUUGUUUAAUAGUCAGGAAGACAAAGGAGAAACAGACAGGAAGAAAAAGGGAAAAGAAAAAGGAAGAAUGGAUAACUUCUUUCUAGAAGAAGAACUUCAGCCCGUAUCUGAAGAUGAAGAGCUGUUUUUUCUCAAAGAGAUUGAUUCAACUAUAACAACAUCGAUAAAGAAAUCUACAGAGUUGAUAGCAUUUAGUGAUGAUGAAGAGGACAUACUUGUGAAAAAGACUACGGAGCGUCCACCCAUGGAUAAGAGCAAAGAAGAUGUGUCGCUUUUAAAAGAGAUUGAUGACGAGGAAUCUUUUACCUUUGCUGAGCAUGAGGAACCUGACUCGGUCAAUGAAGAGAAAUAUAAUACAUUAUCAAGAGAAGAUGUCUCAAAAAGAUCAAACAGCACAUCUAUUUUUGAUAUUGAAGAAGAAGAAGAUAUCUUACAUGUACCAACACAGGAUGAAUUCUUUGACGAGCUACUUUCAUUGAAAAAGGAUAAAGUUAUUAUAGAUCUUGAUAGCUUUGAAGAGAAUGAAUCGGAUAAGAAAGGGAAAAGGCGACAAUACGAUGAUCAGCAUAUAGAGUCAAAUGAUGGUCGAUAUGCACUUUUAUCUCUGGAAGAACUCCCUUCCAGUCAAGACAGGAGUGCCCUUACGGCAAAGGAAAAGAAAAAGUUGCAAGCGGAAGAAAGGAAGAGAAAGCGACAAGAAGCUGCUGAAGAAAAGAAAAGAUUAAAAGAGCUCAAACAGAAAGAAAAAGAGCGACAAGCGUUAUUCGAAAAGGAAAACAGGAAUAAAACAGAUCGAACGGCGAUCUUAAAAGAAAUGAUACUGGAUAUUCAUCCUGACUUUCUUUUGACAGACGCUGGCAAGCUACUAGAGGCCAGUUUGAUACCAAAGAUGGCAAAGAUUCAACCACUGUUGGAGCAUAGUGAGCUCAGGUACACAAUCUCGUGGAAAAGAAAAUGUCAAGCAGAAUGGCACUCGGAAUCGCAAACGUUUAUACCUCUCCAAGACAUGAAAAUCAUACAAGAGCCUUAUGUAUUAAUCUAUAUGCCAGCCGAUGAAUUGAAUGAACACAUUCAGUCUGAAACGAUCUUUGAUCACAUGGAACAGGUUCAAUCAACUGCCAAAGACCGACAAAUACUGCUCUUGAUCGAGGGACUUGAAGCUUACUAUAAGAAAAGAGCGCUGAUACAAAGGCGACAUUUUCAAAAUCAAGUGAGGCAGAGCUUUGAAGGACCAAGUAACGAUAGCCCUAGUUCUCGAAAGAGAAAAAGCGGACAAGAAAAUCUUGAAUCUUUACCAAGCCGGGAAACAGUCGAACAACAUUUGAAUGAACUUCAAAUUAUAAAAAAUAUUAUGGUCGUGCCUACAAAGAAUAGCGAGGAUACAGCAGUUUGGAUAGAGAAUUUGACGGUAGAUUUGGGUCUUGGAAGAUACAAAACCAAAAAUCUCAACAGCACAUACAAGGGAGGCAAAAGCGGUGCUAAUGAAACUGAUACAUAUUUUAAGAUGCUACAAGAAAUUCAGCUGUGUACACCUGCUAUAGCAAAAAGUAUUAUGAAAACAUAUCCAACUUUACAGUCAUUACAUCAAAGCUAUAGAGAACUUGAUAAGCCUUCUGGAGAGAUGAUGCUUGCAGACUUGGAAGUUGAAAGAAGUGCAAUUCGAGCUAGGGAUCGAAAUGUAAAUAGAGUCAUGUCCAAAAAGAUAUAUACAAUCUUUAAUAGUGACGAUCCUGAUUUAUUCUUAUAUUAA